AUGUCGUAUAACAUCUCUGAAGUGCAGCUGGAUUCGCCUACUGCUGAUGUGAAGGACAUAGCUAGCUUCCGAGCCUUCCCGCUUCUGCUUGAGACAGCUCUGAUCGGUGUAUUCACCGUGCAAACCGUAUUCUUUGUGCAACAAAGAUGCUCUCGCCUGAUCAAGAACUCGAGAUUGCCUCAGCACGAAAGGGAGAAGCCGAAGCCACACGCCAAUAUGCUACUCGGUUUGGCCAUCUGUCUAUAUCUGUUGGCCAUAGCGUACUGGGCUAUUGACAUCGCACUCUUGCGUCAAGAACUGCUUGUCUUGCUGCCCAAUCAGCUUUUGACCGUCCCCGAUGUUCAAGUCUAUGGCGCACUAGCCGAGCUGAGGGGAGCGGAGAAGUAUGCACAAGCCAUCUUACAAGUGAUCAUAUGGUCAAUCAGCGACUGCAUAGCAUUAUGGAGAGCCUGGGUGAUCUUCGACAGACCUCGAUGGCUUGGCUAUACUAUAUCAGCCCUAUUGUUUCUCGAACUGGCGGACUACGUCGUAUACCUGACUCUGUACCUCUAUGCCUUCCCAAACCCGCCCAGAUUUAUUGCUGUCCUGUGGGAAAGGAGCGGAGGGCUCAUUGGUACUGCGCCCUUCGCAGCGACGUCAUCCGUCACCGCCGCACUUCAAGUCUUCGCAACUGUGUUGAUUGCUUUCAAGGCCUGGGCAAUUCUCAAGAUCAGACGAGGUGUUUUCGACGGCCCUGGCCGAAACUUCAGGACCCUCUCCGUUUUCAUCGAGACUGGUCUAGCAUACGCCGUGCUUUGGGUAUGGUAUGCGGUGGGAGCUGAUAACACGAUCACAAGCAAAACGACGGCGGCAUGGACGGACUUCUACGUAAUCCCUAUCACCGCGAUGUACCCCACUUUGGUGGUGAUGAUAGUAACAAUGCAGGACUCGGUGCUGGCCGCCGAUUCCGACAAUCUGCCGAGCAAAGCCAGCAGUUUCCGCUUCGCGAAGCCUACGAACGAUGCCGAAUCCGGAACAAGCAAUGAACGGCGCCUACCUUCCUCGCCACCCGGCCUCGUGCGAGGCCGAUCUACGGAGACAAUGAAAGACGAGAAGGGUGGGGGUAAGAUGAGCUUUGAUGCGGUCUGUCGGGUUGAGACGGCGCACCUGAGUUGCAAUUGA